UUUUUCAGCAACAACAACAACAACAACAACAACACGCCAACGGGUUAACAAUAUGAUUCACAAUAGCGGCUGCAGCUGUACGGGCCCAGCAGCUGUUCAGUGAUAAGGCGAUAGAGCUACCGAUAACGAACAAUAUCAUAUGUUCUACGGCCGUAGAACGGUUAGCGCGUGUUGUGUUUGUUGUUGCCGCCGUCGCCGCCGCCGCCGGGUUUAUUAGUUUAUUGAUUGUGGGUGUCGCCCAACGCCCAAAGCAGAGCGCGCCAGAUGCACCGCCGCUCUUGUUACGUUGUUGGCUACCUAAAAAAAAACUUGAAAACUUUCGGCAAACGCUUUUUCGUGAGUACAUACUAAUACAAUAUAAUACUACAGCAGUGUCGUUGGUUUCCCAUAUGACCAAAACCGACAUCCGUCCGAGUGGGCAAAGCGAUUCCGUUGGACGCACACCGAGUAGGAAGUUUAGCGAUUAAAGCAGUCGAUAUCCGUUUAACAUGUCGUCGGACGAAAACGAUGUGGAGGGCCAAUUUAUGAAGACUUACGGAAUUCUGAAAGCUGAAGAAAUUAUUGCAGUGAACGACAGGCGUAAGGCUAUGACUCAGAAGAUAGCCCUUGGUUUGGCCACUAGAGAGGAAUUAAUACAGCAAAUAACUACCGAGUCGAAUUUAUUAGAAUUGUGUCAAAAAAAAAUUAGCCAAGAGUUAAACGAAAUAAAUAAUGACCAUGGUAUACUCGGAAUCAUUUCCAAUCGCAUAAAUCAUAUGUACAAUAAUUUGUUUCUACUCUUCAGCGCUACUAAUAAUAAUCUAAAAGAUUAUAUUGAGUUUUGUAUGAACAAUAAUUUGUUGGAUCUGUGUAGUCAACUAUUGAGAACGCUGAUGACAGGAAGUCAUAGUGAUCCAGAAAUAUACAUGACGGCAGCACGCUUUGAAUUUGACGAACGCACAGAUAUCGAACAAGCUCGAAAGUAUUAUGAACAAGGCCGGAAAGAACAUAGCCACUACAAAAAGUUGUAUUUGGACGAAGUAGGUAUGGAGAUCCAACAUCACGAAGGUGGUGCCAACAAUUAUGAUUUGUGUAUCGAGAAAUACCGAGCCGCAAUCAAUCACUUUAAAGGCGAUAUAACAUUCCACAUGCAAGUGUUAAAUAGUUCUUUGAUACAUCGAUCGGUUCACAGAAUCCAUUCGCUUAUUGUUUGUGAUAUGGUAGAGACGUAUAAACACAAUGAAUUACUUUGGCAUAAUUUGGCUCAAUUGCAAUUGAGAGGUUACAGCUACAAUCCUCAAACUCAGCGUUUGUCGUUUUCUAAAGAAUUCAUGGCAGUGCACAACUGUAUAAAUAUUUACGAAGACGUUUUAAAACAAAAUAUAUUACAAAUCAACAAACAGCAUUUGUGGGAACUGUAUUUGGACACUGUAAUAGAAAUACGUGAAUCGUAUCGUAUGCAAAACAAAUCUACCAAGAAAUAUAUGCACGAAACGUUGGAACGUGCAUUUCAAAACGCACACAUAAGUGGUGCAUUACUCUUACCGAAAUAUUAUUUGUACUGGGCUGAGAAUUCCAGCCCGAACGAUCGACGGGCUAUUUUAACGGGGGCGGUGAAAGCCUUAAAGAAAAGUUUGGAAUUGUGGACAGAACUGUUGAACCUGUACAUCACUCACGACUGUUUCGAAAAGCUCAUCGAGGUCUUUCAAGAAGGAGUUCGAGAGUUAAGAGACGAUUCCUUGCCUCUAUGGGAAAUUGUGAUUAGAUAUAUGCUAAACACACAUCCAAAAUUGGUUGAACAAUUGUAUAACGAAGGUUCACGCGUUAGCUACAAAGUAAUAGCGCUAGAGAUGAGACCAUCGUACCUGGACUGGUGCGUACUUCAAAAGGGAAUAUUUGCAGCUCGGGAGUUAUUCGAAGACCUCAAAAAUCUCGAGCCUCCUUGCCAAAGUUUAUACAUGACUAUGAUCAAUUGUGAGAAAGCCCAAACUAACGACGUCAGUAAAAUCAAGACCAUUAGAAAACUGUAUAACGACGCGUGCAACAAAUUUGGAAAGAUCGAUAUAGAGAUUUGGAUUGAAUGUAUCCGUUUUGAAUAUAUGUUUGGCAACCGGUUGUUAGUCGAUGAAAUUUACAAAGCAUCGUUAUUAUGUUUGGAAGACGACAAUAUAAAUAUAAUGAAAUCAAAAUUUAAUGCCAUCAAAAGUGAAUACAAGGAUGAUCUUCCUGAUAUAAUAGUAAUUGACGAUUAAAUAUUUACAAAUUGUAUACCACUAACCACUGUGUGUUCUUAUAUUUAUUUUAUUCUUUAUCUUUCUAUGCAGAACAAAUUUUUAAAUAUUUGCAAAAUGUUUGAUACUAUUUUUUUUAAUGUUUUUAUGAUGUUUUAGCACGAAAUUUAAUGUUUCGGUUUAUUUUUACUAUAUUUUUCAGUUAUUUGAAUAUGUUUCCAUUUUAGUAUGUACUUUUUUAGUAUAUUAAUGUGUAUGCCAUUUUAGUUUAUAGUAGUAAAUUAUUGUAUCUUCAGUCAUUGUAUCCUACAUUGUUUGUUGAGACUAUAAUGAAUAAUGUCUUUUAAAAAAAAAAUUGUUUGUUAUAAAUCAUACCUAGUAGAUUGUAAGAAACUGACGGCAAGUUAGAAUAUCUUCAACUGACCAAAAAGUUGUUUUACUUUUCAUCAGGCUACAGUUUAAAUUUGUUGCAUUAAUUAUAGUUUACAUUCCAUCCCAAAGAUGGAUAAUUUCUCCA